AUGUUCCGACCCCGCGCUUCGGCUCUCGCGGCUGCCGCCGCCGCGCCCCGGCGACUCUUCUCCUCUGCCCCCGUCCGCAUGAACGGUUUCGCCGACCUCGCCAAGAUCACGGGCACGCAAACGGCCGCCGCCUCUCCGUUCGGACAGACCGAGACGGCGACGCAGGACAACAUUCGCGGCUACCGCCCGCGUAUCCUCCCCGCCGAGGUCGACCCGACGCUCGAGCUCUUCACGAACCUGCUCAUGCACAGCGGCAAGAAGACGGCGGCCCAGAAGCAGAUGGCCGCCAUCCUCGCCUCGGUCCAGGCCGCGACGAACGCGCCCCCCGUGCCGCAGGUCAAGAAGGCCAUUGAGCUCGCUGCCCCCUCUCUCCGCGUCCUCACCAUGAAGAAGGGUCCCAAGAACGUCUACACCCCCCGUGCCCUCAACACGCGCCAGAGGACACGGAUCGGUAUCCAGAACCUCAUCGCGACUGCUGAGAGGAGCCGUGGGUCCCAGGCCAAGUUCUCCGACCGCAUUGCUCGCGAGAUCCUCCUCACCCUCGAGGGAAAGAGCGAGGUCUUCAAGCGCGUAGAGGAGGUGCACAAGCUUGCCACCCUCCACCGAUCCAACCUCCUCGUCAACUAA